AUGCAAAGCGAUUGCGCGUCAGAGGAAGGCGAGGAGAAGAUAAGCACUGUGAAGAAGAAUUUGCUGCAAGCCGAGUGUGGUACCAACGCUGCACAGGGCGCUCUGUUCAUCGGCCGCGCUGCUUUGGAGCUGACUGGCGUCAGCCACCACUGUGGAAUUGAAGAACACUGGGAUUUCUAUGAGACACUCAGGUGUGCGGCCUCAGCCCAAGGAAGCCUGGCCGCCUUUGCAGUGGCCAGCCAUGUGUUUGCUGAAGCCGUUGCUCAAUGCGAGGAGAGUGUGGGCAACUUGAAUCUUGAUGCCUAUUGUGCAGCCUCUGUGAGUCAAAUUGUCCAUGCGACCUUGGAACUCACCGCUGCGCUGACUCUUCUGGCAGAUUUUUGCACCUUGAUGAAUAAAUUUCCAUUUGGACGACCACAAGACAUCCGCGAAGACGGAAAGAUGUAUGCACACAUUUUCCAUCGGUAGGUCGGCUGCGAUGCUGGCAUAUGCUCGUGAUGCACCUGGAUCUACGGAGUGCACGUCGUGCUUUUGCACAUUUUUAGAUAGGAAAUGUAUGGAAAUGUCAAGAUGCCAGCUCUGAAAGGAGUUUGGUGUGACCUCUGUGACCUCGAAAUCAAAGGAUUUCGUGUCUGAGCGGAAAAUCGCCACGAAUCAUGCUUCG